GCCGAGGUGGCCGCUGAGCGGCAGCUGGAGCGGAGCGGGCAGCGGCGGGCGGGAGCCGCCAUGGAGCCGGGGGGCAGGCGCGGCCGUGCUGCUGAGGAGGCCCCGCGGCCCGAGGAGGAGGAGGUGGACCCCCGCAUUCAGGGGGAGCUGGAAAAGCUGAAUCAAUCUACAGAUGUAAUCAAUCGGAGGGAGACGGAACUGGAGGAUGCACGCCAGAAGUUCCGCUCUGUGCUGGUUGAAGCAACAGUAAAACUGGAUGAACUGGUAAAGAAGAUUGGGAAAGCUGUAGAAGAUUCUAAACCUUACUGGGAAGCUCGGAGGGUGGCCAGGCAGGCACAGCUGGAAGCCCAGAGAGCGACUCAGGAUUUUCAGAGGGCGACUGAAGUGCUGCGUGCUGCGAAGGAAACUAUUUCACUUGCUGAGCAGAGGCUUCUGGAGGAUGACAAACGUCAGUUUGAUUCUGCCUGGCAGGAGAUGCUCAACCAUGCUACGCAGAGGGUCAUGGAAGCAGAACAAACCAAAACAAGAAGUGAGUUGGUUCACAAGGAGACUGCAGCCAAAUACAAUGCUGCCAUGGGAAGGAUGAAGCAGCUGGAAAAGAAGUUGAAAAGAGCCAUCAAUAAAUCAAAACCUUAUUUUGAACUGAAGGCAAAGUACUAUGUCCAGCUAGAGCAACUGAAGAAAACAGUGGACGACCUGCAGGCAAAACUCUCCCUGGCGAAGGGAGAGUAUAAGACUGCCUUGAAAAACCUGGAGAUGAUCUCAGAUGAGAUUCAUGAGAGGAGGCGGUCCGCUGCCAUGGGGCCCCGGGGAUGCGGUGUGGGUGCUGAAGGGAGCAACACCUCUGUGGAAGACCUGUCUACCAGCAAACCAGAGUUGGACGCUGUCUCAAUGGCUUCUGAAGUGUUUGAGGAUGACAACGGCAGCAGCUUUGUGUCCGAGGAAGACUCAGAAACUCAGUCAGUGUCCAGCUUCAGCUCUGGGCCUACAAGCCCCAGCGAGGUGCCCGCUCCAUUUCCCCCUGCGACGCGCCCUGGCACCCUGGAUCUGCCCAGCCCUGUGUCCCUCUCUGAGUUUGGAGCAAUCUUCCCCAUCCUCGGCCCCCGAAGUGAAUGCAGUGGGGCUUCAUCUCCUGAAUGUGAAGCUGAAAGAGGGGAUAGGGCAGAAGGGGCUGAGAACAAGGCAAGCGACAGAGUGAACAAGAAUAGGAGCAGCAACAGGAGCGGCUCCACCGAGGGGUUGGCUUUGGAUAACCGAAUGAAGCAGCUCUCCCUUCAGUGCAUGAAAAUCAAAGAGGGAAUAUGUGCGGGCAGAAAGGCUGCCCAGAUUGGCUGAGUCCUCCUUGUGCCCGUCCUGAUUAAUGGGAAUAUAAAUAUUUAUAUAUGAACUUCUAAGUGUUUGAAGAACAUUGUGCCAAUAAUAUAUGCCAAAUCUUAAGCGUUUACUCUAAGAAUCUAAAACUGCACUAAGAAGUCUAAUUGAUGUCGAGGGCUGAAGUUUUUAUUCAGUAAAUCCUUUGUAGGCCAGACAAGUUAUCAGCUGGUAAGCUGUGCUCCCAUGUCACAGACUUUGUAAAUCGUUUUGUAGCAGCCUGGCUGAAGCAAUAACCAGUAAUGUUCCUGUGCAAAUCCAUGGCGGUGGGGGGAGGGGGGGGGGCUCUGAAAUUCAAGCCAGACGUUUGCAGCGUGCAGUUUGGCUUUGGUUUUGUAGAAUGAAAUGCUCUUUAGAUACAUUGGAUCUCUCGAGUAUAAGUGGCAUAUUCUUUAAACAUCUGUAUUUGUCUGUAUUACUCUGAAACUGUAGAAAUAUUUUGUAUACAGGAAAGCUGCACGUGGGGGUUUAAAAGCCUUCACUCUUCCCUUGGUGCUCACAGAAGAGAUGAAGAUGAGUCAUGCCUCUAAGAACCGGCCUGAGAGGGACAGGAGCAGGACGGUACUGCUCGGCAGCUGUGGGCCCUUUUUUGCCCCCUUCCUGAGUCUGGCUGGAACUCUAAGGGUGAUCCCAGUGGCCAAAAAGAGUUGAUUGGCCCUCGCCCUUCCCCUCCCCUGAGAAGUGAAGUAUUAUUUUCAGCACCUUAAAGUGUUAUUGCUCAAAAAUGGGAGUGAUAGAUGUUUUCAGGACAGUUACGGUUAGGGGAUCGCCCUUAAAAUAUGCAUGAAGAAAAGGAACUGCCAGUGUAGAUUGACAGUGUGUUCUUAAAUUUCUCUGUAGGUUGUACCGUGUGGGAUUUUAUAACUGUAAAAGAAAGGGAUUGAGGUUAGGAUGCCCUAGAGAAGCGUUCAGUAAAACUAGAAAGGGCACGGGUGUGUUUGCGGGCCGCUGUUAGGCAGUAGUAGUGUCUGGUCAUUAUAAGUGGUAGUAAAAAUCCUAGGACUCUUCAGUUUUGGUGGCUAAGCGUUACUGAAAGCACCAUUUUAUCUAAAAUGUCAGUUUAUAUUGUUAAUUUCAUGGGAAUUUUAGUAUUGCCCGAAGUAUUUUCUAUUAUAUGUUUUUGCAGUCCUGUUGUAUUUCGUCCUUGCCACAGCUUGUGUAUCUAUUCUCAAAGUUAAUGUAAAAUUCUUCACACUACAGUAAACCUUUUUGUUUUCCA